GCAAACUCUUAUAUUUUACAACAGCAAAUUGGGGACGCCUAAAUAUUUUUCCCGUUUAGAUAAAGAAGACCCAAUGAAGCUUAUUCCUCAUCUCUGUCUGGCUAUCCUGUUGUCAUGGCAACACGCCAUUGCCCAAGACUGCAGAGACUACAUUUAUUUCAUGCCUGGCACCCAACUGCUGUACAACGUCAUCGAGACAAAACAGACGACAAAAUACGAGUGCCGAGAAAGCUGCAGUGAAACCCCGCAAUGCGUGUCAAUCAACUAUAAGCAGAAAGAAUCGCGAUGUGAGCUGAACAGCGCUUCCCACAUGACACAUCCGGGAAUGUUAAGACCGGAAGUCGGCGCAUUCUACGCUUUGGUGAAACCGCCGACAAGCUGCAGUGACAAUUACUGUUCAACGGGCAAGAGAUGUGUUAUGACGGGGAAAGGAGUGGCGUACAGAUGUGAAGUUUGCAAGGACGCACUUGGUAUGGAAUCAGGUGAGAUAAGCAACUCUGCUAUAACUGCGUCGAGCUACUAUCUUCAGGGCAUCAACAAAUACUCCAUGCCGUACUAUGCUCGUCUCAACAACGUUGGCCAGAUUGGUGUUUCUAACGGGGCCUGGCUAGCGAAUAAUUAUGUAGCUGGAGAAUACCUUGAAAUCGACAUCGGGAGAAAUGUGGCCGUAGAUGGGGUAGCAGCCCAGGGGGGUCCGGGUGCUACGUACCGGGUAACAAGUUAUAAGAUCAGCUACAAAACCGACCUCACAGCCUGGUUUGUGGUCAAGGAGGACGGGCAGGAAAAGGUAGCUCUAAGUAUUUGUAUUCCCUGA